AUGGCGACGGCGACAGCGACGGCGAGCAGGAAGGGCGACCACGACUGCCCCGAGCUGCCGCCGGACACCCUGCGCCUCAUCUGGGCCUCCCUGCCGAUCAAGUCCCGCGUCCGCGCUAGGGCCGUCUGCGCCGCGUGGUCGUCCGCCCUGCCGGACAAGAUCGACCACUUCCCGUGGCUCCUCCGCCUCCCGCCGCUCCCGUUCCACCGCCCCGGCACGCGGUGCGUCGGCAUGCACGACGGCUGGAUCGCCGCGGUCGACGUCGAUCUCGGCGUCAGGAUACUGGACCCGCUCUCCGGCGCCCGCGUCGACCUGCCGCCGCUCACCGCGUGCCCCGGCGUCGGAUUCGGCCGCGGCCGUGCGUCGAGGAGGCUGCACGAGCAGGUCGAGUACAGGCAGUCGCCGACCGCCGUGACGGAGUUCUUCCCCGUCGACACCUUCCUCGACUCUGUCCUGGUCAAGAUCGCCUUCUCGGCGCCCGGCGGCGCCGACGACGGGGACGGCGAGGUGGGCGCCUUCGCGGUCGCGGUGUUCUGGGACAGGGUGGUGUACACGGCCGCCGGGCUCGGCGAGUGGCGCCAGCUGACGACUCCCAACGCCGGCACGCGCUGCCAUCCGGAGAAGGUCGUCGACGUGGUGCACGCCGGCGGCGGCAGGUUCUUCGGCCUGACCGCCACGGACGAAACGCACGUCACGUACCUGGCUCCGACCGCCCUAUUCGACAUCCAGGUGUUCGACCUGAGCGCCUGCGGCGGCGGCGGCCCGGUGGAGGCGAGCAAGCUCCCCGUCGCCAGGCUGCGCCCGAGGCAGGCCCUGCGCCGGCAAAAGUUCCCGUCCGCCGACGUGUUCUGCGCGCGCCUCUUCCUCCUCGACGGCACGCCGCACGUGGUGCUCCGGUGGUGGGACGUCCUGGCGCGCGCCGACGAGAUGGCCGUGCUCGCCAGCGACCCGGGCGACCCGCUCGGGUGGCGCGCCGCCGGCGACCUGCGCGGCCGCGCGCUGCUCGUCGGGAACGGCUGCGCCGCGCCCGUGCGCGCCCCCGGCGGCGCGAUCGGAGGGGACCGCGUCUACUUCGCGGACAAGGUGAGCUGCUUCGCGCGGGAGUCGAACCGGAGGCUGACCGGCGUCGGGACGUUCGACGUCAAGAGCGGGAGCCUGGAGAUGCUGUGGAAGGACGGCGCUGGUGAUGACCCGCUGGAGGCCUGCCGGGCGCCGACGUGGUUUGCGCCGCCUUAUUUUUUCCGAUGA